CUGGGGGGCUGCGGGCGCCAGGUCCCGCUAGUGUUGCACACGAAGCUGAACAGAGAACAGCCUAGCAAAGCAGGGCUCUGCGUGAGCCACCCUUUGUCUGGGUUGGGGGCCCGUGGCGGGGAGGACCCGGGAUUCGAGGGGAGGGACCGGGACGGGACGGAAGGGCCCGGAGCAGCGGCCGCCGCGGCGGAGCCAAUUUAAGAGCGGGGGUCCAGCUGAGCCCAAGAGCUGCACGGAAUGGUGGCAGUCACCUUGCCAGUGCAGCGGGAAUGGACCAGACUGCAAGCUAGGAGAGCAAGGCAUCAGUCAGGAAGAGGGAACACACGGCUAGGCUUAAGGCCUCUUCAUCGGGAUGUCCCCAGGCCCCCCAGCCCAGGCCCAGCAUAAAGGCUGUGUGGGGGGGCCCCCCUGACCCAAGGGGGGGCUUCAUGCGCCACGUGCAGGCGGAGCCGUCUUCAUCCUCAGAACCAGAGGCUGGCCCUUCGCAGCCUGCAGUCAGGCAGGGGGCCCUCCAGGGUGGCCUGCUCAUGGGCUACAGCCCAGCAGGGGGGGCAACAUCCCCCGGGGUCUACCAGGUAUCCAUCUUUUCCCCUCCAGCUGGUGCCUCUGAGCCUCACAGGGCCCUGAAACGGCCGGCCCCACCCACUGAGGUUACCAGGGAGCUGAAGAGAGGCCCUGGGCUGGGGGCCAGAGAGGGACUACCCCCUGAAGAACCAUCUACUGUGGGGCUACUAGGCCCAGAGGGACUGGGGCUGGGACUGGGUCUGGCCAGCCAGCAUUUUUGUCACCAUGGCCUCUGUGUUGUGGAACAGGGAGGUAGCUCCACCUCACCUUGGACUUCAGGGGCCCAGAGUCCCCCUUGUCCCCCAUCAAAUGCUUCCUGCAAUAGUUUGCACACCAGAGACUGGGCUUCCCCAGAUCCAGGGGCACAGGGGUCCCUGGGAGAGUCCCCAGGGCCAGCCCCUCUGGGCCAGCUGCACACAUUUGACACUGAUUUGCACAGUCUUGCACAAAUAGGGGGUAAGAGCCCAGUGGCUGGGGUGGGCAACAGGGGUAGCCCUUGGCCUAGGGAGUCCCCUAGCACUGCCAAUGGGCACAGUCCCGAGCACACACCCCCUGGCCCUGGACCUCCAGGCCCCUGCCCCACCAAGCGAAGGUUGCUUCCUGCUGGAGAAGCCCUGGAUGUCAGCUCUGAGGAUGAGGGGCCAGCCCCUCGGAGGCGCCGGGGAACCCUGGGCCACCCUCCUGCUGCCAACAGUUCUGAUGCCAAAGCCACACCCUUCUGGAGCCAUCUGCUGCCUGGGCCCAAGGAGCCUGUGCUGGACCCAACAGACUGCAGUCCCAUGGGGCGGAGGCUGAAAGGUGCCCGUCGCCUGAAGCUGAGCUCCCUUCGAAGCCUCCGGAAGGGGCCAGGCCUGCUGAGCCCCCCCAGUGCCUCCCCUGUUCCUACCCCUGCUGUCAGCCGUACCCUGCUUGGCAACUUUGAGGAAUCAUUGCUGCGAGGACGCUUUGCACCAUCUGGCCACAUUGAGGGCUUCACGGCAGAGAUUGGAGCUAGUGGAUCCUACUGCCCCCAGCAUGUCACCCUGCCUGUCACUGUCACCUUCUUUGAUGUUUCUGAGCAAAAUGCCCCGGCUCCCUUCCUGGGUGUCGUGGACCUGAAUCCCCUGGGGAGGAAGGGUUACAGCGUGCCCAAGAUGGGCACCAUCCAAGUGACCUUAUUUAACCCCAACCAGACUGUGGUGAAGAUGUUCCUUGUGACCUUUGACUUCUCGGACAUGCCUGCUGCCCACAUGACCUUCCUGCGCCAUCGCCUCUUUUUGGUGCCUGUGGGUGAGGAGGGAAAUGCUAGCCCCACCUGCCGCCUCCUCUGCUACUUGCUGCACCUCAGGUUCCGGAGCUCCCGCUCAGGCCGCUUAAGCCUGCAUGGAGACAUCCGCCUGCUUUUUUCCCGCCGGAGCCUGGAACUGGACACAGGGCUCCCUUACGAACUGCAGGCAGUGACUGAGUCCCCUCACAAUCCACGUUAUUCACCUUUACCCUGAUUGCCAGUGCCCUGAACCCAUGUGGGCCAAGUACCUACCCAUCCUGCUCCAUCCUGGACAGAGCAAAUACGUGGAAAGGUGGCAAAAGACCCUUUAGGCUUGAAUUAAAGCCCUCACCAUGCUCAUGCCCAAAUCGA